AAGUGAUGCCAUUUCCGUUAGCGAGUAGGAAGUGUGGUUUCAUGUGUUUAGGCUAUGAUGGCAGAGGUGGGCGUAACUGCAGAGGACUAUCCUACAGAAAUCCAUGAGUACCUUUCUGCUUUUGAGAAUUCAGUUAGCUCAGUAGAUGAAAUGUUGAAGAAGAUGAUGUCUGUUUCUAGGUCUGAGCUCCUUCAGAAAAUUGAACCAUUGGAACAAGCAAAAUUAGACUUGGUAUCCGCAUACACACUGAAUUCACUCUUCUGGGUAUAUUUGACUACACAAGGAAUGAAUCCAAAGGAGCAUCCUGUAAAAGAGGAAUUGGAAAGAAUUAGAAGCUAUAUGAACAGAAUCAAAGAAAUGACAGACCGUAAGAAAGCAGCCAGACUUGACAAAGGGGCUGCACAGCGAUUUAUCAAACACGCACUCUCUGAUCCCGCCCCUGAGGAAGGCACCCCACCAAAAAUAAAAAACAAAUCCAAGAUGAAGAAAAAAUAAAAUUUUUAGUUGUUAGACAUUUCAUUGCUCUUUUUUAACAAUUUAAAACUGUGAUUCAACUAUUCUGCUCUGUAUGUUUUUCAUCGAAUUUGUAACUAGUUGGCUACAAUUUAAGAGGAAUGUUUUAGAGCAUAGGGAUGUGUGGUUUACAUUUGUACCUAUUCAAAAGUUUUUGUAAUUUUUGUCUGUUGCUGCCCACAUUAAAUUAAACUACAGUUGAAUACAAAUCUAGUCCUGGUUUAUAUAUAUAUAUAUAUAUAUAUAUAUAUAUAUAUAUAUAAUUACUGUCAACUUUUAUCAUUUUUGAGUAACUCUAAACUUUACUAAUGGUACACCUUGCAAUUACAAUUUUUUUUACACAUUCUUCCAGUAGAUUAAAAUAUCAGAUUCUAAACGUCAUUAGAGUAAUACCUCGCUUGCUGCAAUAGUUUUUUCAGUGGUCAAACUCCAGUCAAUACUUUCCAGUUUACAAAUGACAGUGCCACUGUUAUUAUGUUAAAGGGACAGUAUACACCAAUAUUUAUAUAACUGGGUGUAAUAGAUACUACUAUAAGAAUAUGCACAGAUACUGAUAUAAAAAUCCAGUAUAAACCCGUUUAAAGUCUUACUUAGAAGCUCCCAGUUUAGCUCUGUUGAAAAGGUUAGCAUAAACACUCACUGAAAGUGUCUGUAUAGGAAAAAGAGCAGACAUUUCCCCCUUCCUCUGCAUAUGAAAAGACCCUUUACACAAAUAAGAGCAAGUUGGAGGAGGUAUACAUCAGUAUACUUCUAAAACUUUGGGGCUUGGUUAGGAGUCUGAAAAUCAGCGCAAUGUUAUUUAAUAAUAAGCAAAACUGUAUAAAAAAAAAACUAAAACCUGUAUGGGCUAUAUAAAUGGAUCAUCUACAAAACAUUUAUGCAAAAGUGUAUAAUGUCCCUUUAACAAAAUCUCCAUUAUUUAUCUUCAGUAGAAAUCAUAAAAUAACACAGUGCAGAUUAAGGAGAGAUUGCUGCAAGGUUACGCUUGUGAAACAGUGUUAAAGCCCAGUGAUUUUAGGGCGGCAUGGAAACGUCCUAAAGGCGUCUAGUGGUUACAUUUCAGAAAACAGGAGCAAAAUGAAUAAAAGCCUAUUGCAAUGUUGUUUUACUAUGCACAAUCAAGCAUUUUAUAUUAAACACAUCUGUUUCAUUGCAGUAGCUAAUUAUUACAAACACUGAUGCCAUUGAAUGCUUUAUAAAGUAUAACAUUGUUACAAACAUUGUUGCAAACACUGCUGCCAUAGAUUGCUUAAGACACGUCCACACUCCUUUCGGCCUACCUAGUUUUAUUCUUCAUCAAAGAUCACCAGGAGAACUAAGGACAUUUUAUAAUGGAAGAAAUUUGGAAACUGCAUGCUCUAUCCGAAUCAUAAACAUUUUAAUUUGACUUUACUGUACCUUUAACUAUUUAUGCCACAGGAUGUUGUAUGGUUUCUGGGAUAACUUUGUUUAUAUCGUAUUUGUUUUUGGUUAUUGAAAACUUCUUUUGUACAAGGUUAUCUGAAUUCUGGCUCAGGAUAAUAUGCCAGUAGGAAUUAAAUUGCAGUUGUGCAGAUUACAUCCUUACAGGCCUUUAUUCCAAGCCACUGGAAACAACUCUAGUGAGGCAAAAACCCUAUUGCUAUUCUUUUCCAUGGAUCCUUAAUAUAGGUGUUUCACUUGAAAUGUGACUUUGUUAUUUAUAGACAUUUUGUGGCAAAUGGAUUGUUUCCUAAAAUAUUUUACAUUAAAAAUUGACGUGAACUUGGUGUCUUUUAACCACUAACUUUAAACCCAGGGUUGCAAUAUUUUACAUACAAAUGACCAUAUUAUCUCAUAGUAAACCAACAACAGAGUUAGGAUCACUAAAUUCUUAAUCAUUUUGGAUCGCCAUAUGGUAAUGUUUUUUAUUAUUUGUUUAAUCUGUAAAGCAGUGACCUCACCUUGACAUAAAACCAUCCCUUUGUAAAGCUGUUCUCCAUUUUAGAUAUAGAAGGAGUUAAAUAUAAUGACAAACAAAAUUAUUGUGAUAAUGGUUUAGGAGCUUAAAUAUUUUAUGGAAAAAGGGAGUUUUGUUUGCAUAAGUAAUUAAUUACUGUGUGCAUUGAUUGUGAUAGUAAUUUAAACAUCUGUGAGAUCAAUAAACAUCUGUGAGAUCAAAAGUGGGGGAAAAAUAGAGAUAAGAUAUUUGUUAAAGUGCUGAAGUGCUCCCUGCUUACAAAAAUAAAGAUUUAUGCAUUAAAAA